AUGGCUGCGCACAAAGCAGGUGGUCCCAGUGCCCGAAAAAAAGUGCAGGUAUCAAUGGUCAUAAGGGAUGAAAAAGAAAGAAGGCAUAGAGCUGGAAUCAAUUCACUCCAGUAUGACCCAGCUCUUCACAGACUCUACUCAGCUGGCAGAGAUGGUAUUAUUAGAAUAUGGAAUUGCAAGAAUUUGAAGGAUCCUUACAUGGAUUCAAUGGAACACCAUACUGAUUGGGUGAAUGAUAUUGUGCUCUGUUGCGGUGGCAAAAAUUUAAUAUCAGCUAGUUCUGAUACAACAGUCAAAGUCUGGAAUGCUCACAAGGGGUUUUGUAUGUCAACAUUAAGGACUCACAAAGAUUAUGUGAAGGCACUAGCUUAUGCUAAAGACAGAGAACAGGUCGCAAGUGCUGGCUUGGAUAAAGCUAUCUUCUUGUGGGAUGUCAACACCCUAACGGCAUUAACAGCCAGCAAUAAUACGGUAACAACCUCUUCUCUCACUGGUAACAAAGAUUCAAUAUACAGCUUAGCAAUGAACCCAUCUGGAACAAUUAUUGUUAGUGGCAGCACUGAAAAAGUCCUUCGCAUAUGGGAUCCAAGAACCUGCAGUAAAUUAAUGAAACUCAAAGGCCAUCAAGAUAAUAUCAAGGCCUUGGUUGUAAACAGAGAUGGCAGUCAGUGUUUAUCUGCAAGUUCAGAUGGUACAGUAAAGCUUUGGUCUGUUGGUCAGCAACAAUGCAUACAGACAUACAGAGUGCACAGUGAGGGAGUAUGGGCCUUACUUGCCACUGAAAAUUUUAGCCAUGUUAUUUCUGGAGGUAGGGAUAAGCGUAUCAUUAUGACUGACCUAAGAAAUCCUGAAAAAAUAACUCUGAUCUGUGAAGAAAAAGCUCCAAUUUUGAAAAUGAUUAUGAUACCAGACCAAUCAAGUGUGUGGGUAGCUACCAGCGACUCCACUAUUAAUAAUUGGAGUAUCAAUCAAAAGGACUGGCAAUGCGGCGAUUAUAAUCCAGAUGCAGUAGGCUUGACAGGCUUGUUGCCUCCUAGAAAUAUUGAACCUGUCCAGAAAAUACUUGGUGGACCAGCUGUUAGGCAUUGUUAUGCUCUUAACGAUCGAAGGUAUGUUUUGACAAAAGACACUGAAGAAAACGUUGCUUUGUACGAUGUGUUAAAAGCUUGCAAAGUAGAAGAUUUAGGCCCUGUCGAUUUCGAUCAAGAAGUCAAAAUGCGAAAUAAGAUGGUUUAUGUUCCCAAUUGGUUCAAUGUUGAUCUUAAAACUGGGAUGCUCACUAUACAUUUGGGGCAAGACGAAAAUGAUUGCUUGUCAGCAUGGGUUUCUGCCAAAGAAACUGGUUUGGUUAAUGAUGAUAGUGUAGAUCAAAAGGUCAACUAUGGAAACCUACUAUUACAAGCUUUGUUAGAACAUUGGUGGAGACCACUUAACGGGGAUGAUGAAAUUGAUAGUAAUAGUAAUGAUGGGAGCAAUCCAAGACACACAAGAGGGGGUAAUCCCUACUUCUCAGUUCCUGGACAUACUCCUGUUAUUUUUAGUGAAGUUGGAGGUAGGACACUGUAUAGACUGCUCGUACGGGAUGCUGCGGGUGAAACGGAGGGCGUGCUUUUGAAUGAAACCGUGCCAACAUGGGUUCGAGAUAUUGUGGUUGACAAAAAUUUACCAAAGUUUAUCAAAAUAACUUUCCAUCUUCUCCAACAUUCCAGUUCUGGUGUCAAAAGCAUGAAAAAGGAUCGCCUGGUUGCCAAUGACUUUAUUCAAGUUCGAAAAGUUGCUGAGCAUGUAUAUGAUAAAGUUCUGGGUACAGGAAGUGACUCAGGAUCAGUUGCUGGUGGUAAUACAGUAUCUGGAGGUUUACCUGCUGGUGACCAUGCUAAUAGUAACGCUAAUGCUGAUAACUCAUCGCUUGCAGAAGAAAAAGUGGAGUUAUUGUGUAAUGAUCAAGUCUUGGAUCCAUCAAUGGACUUAAGAACGGUAAGGCAUUUUAUUUGGAAAAGCUCAGCUGACUUGACUAUUCACUAUCGACCAGUGAAGUAAUCAGUUCUUCGGAAGUAUUUCUGGCUCUGCUAGUAAUUGUGGGGUAUUACAGACUUUAUAAUGUAUUUAAUGAGCAUCAGUUAAUUUACAAAUAUGAAAACUAAUAGUAGAUUCAUUACAAUUUUAAUUAAGAAAGUGAAUAAUAAAAUAUUAAUAGUACGUGUAUAGUCCUUUGUAUACUGUGUAUACGAUUUCAAAAGGUAAGCUUCGUGUUAUAGUAUUAAUGAGUCUUAAGAUUCUUUAAUAGCUGUAAAUCAUACAAAUACUAAGUUGUUGUUUGUUGUUAUGACGCACUUGUUUUCUAAAUUAGUUGACCAGAUACACUUAUGUAAACUUAAUAAUAAUAGAAAUUUUUCAGAACUGUUAUCUUAUUUUUCACCUUUUUUUUUACUUACUCUAU